AUGUGGUGGCCAUUCAAGUCAGAGGAUAAGGACGUGCCGUCUUCGAAAGCCAAAACUCUUACGAGAGAGGAGCGCCAGGCGUGCUGGAGUGCGCGAGACAAGCUAUUCGACUGCCUUGGGUCGACGCCGACGAGCGACAACGAGGAGAUAAAGAGGAUGUGUCCGAGGGAGUUUAAGGCGUAUGAGGGAGCGUGUGCGGCUAGCUGGAUUGAUUACUUUAUUAAGAGACGGAUGCUGGAGAUGAGGCAGCAGGCUACGCAGGCAGCAGCGUCAUAA